UUUAACCGACUGUCGUCAACUUCACGUCAUCAGUAGUUUGGCAAUAAAUACCGGUCGAAAUGGCUCGGGAAUUCAGACCGCCACCAUGAUCGGUAAACUCACUAUUUCCUUGCUGCUGCUGGCUGUUGUGGCCGCGAAGGAGCUGAGGUGUCUGCCCGGAUCCUUCGAAUGCCACGACGGAACCUGCAUCCCGGACCGCUACGUGUGCGAUGGAGAAGCCGACUGCAUGGGCGGCGAGGAUGAAGUUGACUGCGCCGAGUGCAGUGAGGGAUAACUGUUCACCUGCAUGGGGCCGACGUCUGCAUCCCUGAACACUGGAUCUGCGACUCUUACUACGACUGUCCUGGCGGCGAAGACGAGGCCGACUGCUCGGCUACAAGCGCCCCUGGCUGCGACGAAGGGUAUUUCGAAUGCAAAGGCGGUGGCUGCAUCAACAACAAGUUCCGCUGCGACAGUUUCUAUGACUGCCCUGCCGGUGAUGACGAGUCUAGCUGCACGGAGUGCAGCGCCGGGUUCCACUGCAAGGAAGACAUUUGCAUUCCCGAAGUCUAUCUCUGCGACGAGUUCGAGGACUGCCAUCGCGGAGAGGACGAAAUUGUGUGCGACUGCCAGGACACGGACUUGUGUGCGGGAACGGGCACUGCAUCCCCCCAGACUGGCACUGUGUGACGGCUACUAUGACUGCUUCGGCGGUGAUGACGAGAUGAACUGCGGCACCAGCGACGCCCCCUUGCCCUCCCACAACAAGGUCCGCACCCGCACGCGCGCUCAGACCAGCUUCCUCCGCAAGCUGGCCAAGACCCGUCGCCAUUAAGAGGACUCCCAGCUACACCAUCUAGCAAAAAACCGCUACAUUGAACCUCUCUCAAGAAAGGAGAGAGAGAGAGAGAGAAUGUGAGAGAUAAAGAAAAAAGAGAGAAAAACUAACUUCCUCGAAAAAGGGAGAAAUAAUAUACAAAGAAAGAGAGAAAACAUUUUUUUUUUAUUGGUCCAUCGCCCGUUCGGUUCGUCUUUACAUAUUGUUAUUUGGUCUCCAUCUCGCAGAGUACCACGACACUGAACCACACCGAACCACACUGUAUGACACAUCUGAACCGUUCCCGAAAAUCUGUGGGAAUGUAAAGCGUCAGAUUCCAGAUUUUGACUGUCCAAAAUUCGUUUUUUUUUUGUAUUGUUUUGUUUUGUUUAUUUGUUUUUACUCAUUUUUAUAUUUCCUUUUAUUCUCUACUAUCUCUUUACAAAAA